CUAAUAUGUAAUGCAUCGAUUGGCCUUAUAGUGAGUCCAUGAGUUCACGCAGCUUGAAGAGUAUGCUCACACUUCGUUGACCCAACGUUGCGAUGUCCGGAUAACCAUCCGCUGAUUGAUGUUAUCCGGAUAAUCAACCCUAAAAUGUUCCUUCAGCCGCGCCGUGCCGCAACCGAGUUCAACGGGUGGAGUUCAGUCCAUUCCAUGAACACUGGGUAGCAGUGGGCACGGCUCAGUACUUUGGGAUCAUUGGCAAUGGCCAAACGGUGGUGAUGGAACUGCUGCCCGACGGGUCGCUCGCUACGAUGCGCUCGUUUGACACCCAAGAUGGCGUGUACGACGUUGCGUGGAGCGAGACCCACCCGAACCAACUCGUGGCUGCGUGCGCGAACGGCCACCUCAAGCUGUUCGAUGUGACGACUAGCGACAACUUUCCGAUCCAGUCCUUUGCCGAACACACGAACGAAGUGAGCGGCGUGAACUGGGGGCUCGUGGACCGGACGUCGUUCGUGUCGGCGUCGUGGGACCACACGAUCAAGCUGUGGCACCCCCAGCACCCCGCAUCCAUGCAAACAUUGCGCGGACACACUGGACCCGUGUACAACGCGGUGUGGUCGGCUGUCGAGGCGUCCCACGUCGCAUCGUGUUCUGGCGACGGCUCCGUGCGCCUCUGGGACUUAAAAACCCCCGGUCGGCCAGUAUGCGACAUCGCUGCCCACGCCCACGAAGUGACAGCGUUGGACUGGAACAAGUACAACCCCACGCAAGUCGUGUCAGGAUCUGUGGACACCUCGUUGAAAGUGUGGGACAUUCGAAACCCGUCGGUGGAAGUGCGGCAGCUGCGCGGCCAUCAGCACGCUGUCCGCCGUGUGAAAUGCUGUCCCCAUGACGAGUAUGUCGUGGCUUCCACGUCAUUCGACAUGUCCGUGCGACUGUGGAACGUCCGCGCCGUGCAUCCCCACUUGCAAUGUGCUGCCGCCCACCAUUCCGAGUUUGUGCUAGGGCUGGACUUUAGUUUGUUUGUGCCAGGACUGGUAGCGUCGUGCUCGUGGGACCGCAGCGUCGUAAUGUGGAACUACACGGGAGGCCCUCCCCCAUCAACCCCCCGACAAGUCAAAGGAUAAAACCCCCCAACGAACUCCACAGCGUUGGUUAGUUGAUUCGUUUGAAAUAGCCUCGAGUAACGGCACCACCAAUACUACUACUACUACUACUAC